UGUGACCUGCAGUGCCGACGAUGUUUCGCUUUGCAGGCAGUGGCACAAUAAAUGUAUUUUAUUACAACUUAAAGAUACACCAGAGCUACGACAGUCCAGUCACUGAAACUACAAGUGCUUCUGGGUUUGUAAGUCAAACAUUUGAUCUACAAAUGUGACUCGGUUUAACUCUUAUAGCGAUAGUGAUAAACGGCUACUCGCAGGCCUCUGUAGUUCCAGCCGACAUGCGCAACAGUGGGCUACGGACCCCGGUUGUGUUGAUGGGAAGAAGGGAGUGCAAAAUCAUGGAAGUAGUGCUCUCUGCCUCCCAAGGUUCGGUUCGUACAGAAUAGCAAUAGAAUUCUGGAAUCCACCAUGUCGAACCGAAGAGCUAUGAACUAGUUUACAUGUGGUGUGUCAACAACAACACUAACGACUCGGACUGACAGAAUGAACGGCCCUCAGCAGAAUGACGCAAAGAGACAACACCUGCUAGAGAGGCUGCUGGACGCUGUCAAACAGUGCCAAAUCCGCUUUGGAGGAAGAAAGGAGAUCGCCUCAGAUUUAGACAGCAGGGUGAUCUGUUUGUGUGCCCAGUUUGAGGCUGUCCUCCAGCAUGGCCUGAGGAAGAGUAAAGGACUGGCUCUCACUGCUGCUGCCAUCAAGCAGGCCGCAGGAUUCACCAGUAAGACUGAAGCAGAGCUGACGUUCUGGCUCUAUGUGAAGGAGCAUCUGAACCGCCAUGAGGUGCAGCGGUUCUACUCCCUGAGACACAUCUCCUCUGAGCUGGGCCGCGGCCGCGCCUGGCUCCGCUGUGCCCUCAACGAACACUCACUAGAACGCUACCUACACACGCUGCUCGCAGACGGCAUACGCCUCGGUACUUUUUAUGAAGACUGGGCGUUUAUUCUGGACGAGGAGCGAGCCAGCAUGCUGCCCACCAUGGCUGCAGGACUAAACUCCAUCCUGUUUGCCAUCAACAUCGACAACACAGACCUGAACGGUGUGACCCGGGCGGGCGGCUCCUCCUCCUCCGUGAGCCACCUCCUGAAGGAGUCCACCCAGGGCAUAGGGAGCCUAUGGAAGGAGUCGACCCAGGGGGUGAGCACUCUACUUCGAGAGAUCAGCACCGUCACCGCUGUGGUGCCAGGCUUCACCCCUACACACUGCACCGACGGAUCAUCAGACCCACUGCCUAUCCUGCCACGCAGCGUCUCCGCAGACUCUGGCCUGAGGAAGGAGCGACGGAGGAAAAAGAAAAUCACCAACAUCAUCUCCUUCGACGACCUGGAUGGGGGAGCGGAGGAUGAGGAAGAGGUGGGGGGGGGGACUGUCACCCUCAGGAAGAGCACCACUGCUCCUCAGGUCAGUCUGGAGGAGGGUAUUUACCCACUGGAGUCCUUCUCCCUCUCGCCUCUCCAGAACGGGCUGCCCGAUCCUGGGAUAGUCAGCUGGGCCGGGUCUCAUCCUUUCUCCAGAGCUCUGCCUGACACCAAGAUUAUUGAUAAUGAUGAGGAGGAGGAAGAGGUAUACAAGAGUAGGCCACAGCCACAGAGCCCCUUUCAUGGCACGGCCAACGCUGACCAAGUGUCAACGUGGAGUGCCCUGCAGGCCAUAACUGAUAAUGACAGUUCAGACAUCCUCAUUCCUGUGGCCUCCAGCCACUCCUACGCUCAGCCAGUCGGCUCAGUGAAAGAUACGGUUGCAUUUCCUGUACAGACAGAUUCCACAGGUCCAGUCGGCGACUACGAGACGACCAGAUCCCAGCUACAGUUCAACUUGGAGCCCAGCCCGCCGGUCCAGAAUGCACCUCUCUCCAGUGUACUGCCCAGUGCCACCCCUGGUCUACCUGAGUCAAUGACAGUGGUGGAGCUCCGCCAGGCCAUAGUAGCCAUGAUGAACAGGAAGGAUGAGCUGGAUGAUCUGAACAUGUCCCUGCGCAGCCUGCUGGAUGGGGAGAUGGAGCACUCUGCUGGGCUGAGACAGGAGACAGACGCCCUGAGGAGACGCCUGGAUGAGCUGGAGGAGAGACACACAGCCAAGGUCCAGGCUCUGGGCAGGGAGAACGAGGUCCUCAAGGUCCAGCUGAAGAAAUACGUGGGAGCUGUCCAGAUGCUGAAGAGAGAGGGGAGCCAAGGAAACGACACUGCUCUCCCCAUGGUGAGGAACUGUGAUGAUCCUACUCUGGCCCCUCAGAGCAGGUCUAUGGGUGAUGUUGAGGAGCUGGCUGCCAGCUAUGAACGCAAACUCAUAGAGGUGGCUGAGAUGCAUGGCGAGCUGAUAGAGUUCAAUGAGCGUCUGUACCGUUCUCUGAUGGCCAAGGACCACCUCAUCAACCAAAUGAAACAGGAACUCAUUGAUCUCAGAGGACCAGUUCCUGGUGACCUGAGCCAGACUUCUGACGACCCCAGCCUAUCAGAUUUUGAGACGGCUCACCGUGCUCUCAUCAAUGUCUGGAUUCCCUCUGUGUUUCUGCAAGGACGCGCUUCUAACGCCUACCAUGUAUACCAGGUGUACAUCCGUAUCCUAGACAACGAAUGGAAUGUCUACAGACGCUACACGGAAUUCCGGACGCUCCACAACCACUUACGCUCACAAUUCCCGCAAGUCGGCACCUUCAACUUCCCACCCAAGAAAGCCAUAGGGAACAAGGAUGCCAAGUUUGUAGAGGAGCGUAGGAAACAGCUCCAGUCGUACCUGAGGAUGGUGUUGAACAAGCUGAUCCAGACCCUGCCAGAGUUCUCUGCUAAACCCACUAAGGAGACCCUGCUGCAGCUGCUGCCCUUCUGCCAGGACACAUCAGUGGCCAGCGAGGGGAGCAGUAAGACAGCCCGGUCCAAAGCCUCGUCACGCUUUCCCAGACUGGGGCGCAACCGCAAUCAGGAGGGCCGCAACCCAGAGCCCCAGAGCGGCGACCUCUAACCUCUACCCUCUACACUCUGAUCUUUUCUUUAAUUUGCUGAUACUGAGGGGUACUUCUUGCUCCUGGACUAACGCAGAGCCUGAGAGAGAGACGGACAGUGGAGGUUAUGGAGGGGAGAGGCAACAGGAGACCUUUUAUCCUGUAUUUCUGGGAACCCCAGAGGCUAACUAUGCCUGCUCUCCUGAACGGAGGAUUCACUCAAAGACCACACAUGGACUAACUGGGCCCCGGACAGACAUUAAAACAAGAUGGGAGGACUGUUUCCUAAUUUUACUCAGUUUUGUAGUGAAACUGUAUCAUGGUCAUGGUACCUACAGUGUUUUCUAGCUUUUCUGCAUUGAGGUGUGGGGACAGAGAGAAGUGUUCUUCAAACAAAACUAACAGGUGUUUUCUUGGUCAAUGUCAGCAUUUCGGUGCCAUUUUUUUUAUUUUGACAUCAUCCUUUUACCUAACAUUAACCAAGGAAAUGGGCAUUCAUCUUUUAUAUUUAUUUUGCCAGUCUGUUACCAUACGAUAAUGUGCACAAUGACAUAUUCCAUCACACAAUUUAAGGACUUUUAUUAUUAUUAUUAUUAUUUUUUUAAUUUAUCCCCUUUUCUCCCCAAUUUUCGUGGUAUCCAAUCGCUAGUAAUUACUAUCUUGUCUCAUCGCUACAA